CCCAGGCCUUUGUGACUGUCACCUAGGUAGACUUGUGAGCCAGAGUGACAUCCAAAGUGCCUUCAAAGAGAGUGGCAGGUUAGCCAGGCCAGAGCCUGGACCUGGGGUCAGGACGGGUCACAGGGACCGAUGGAGGGGCCAGAACCCCUGGGACCCUGUGGACACUCUCACACCCAGCAUCCCCCAGCCCCAGUUUCAAACAACCAUGGAGGAUGCCUGAAUCAGCCCUGUCAGGGAUUUGUAAGGUGGCCCUGUCUGGUCCCCCUUCAGUCCACUCAGUCAUUAGAGUCUUCCAGACCUUUCCCAGCUCCAGGGACAGGGAGCGGGGGACCCAGAAUGAGAGGAGAAGCCCCUGGGAUGUUUCUGUCAAGUGAAGGAGAGAUUCCACGACAGAGAGCUCGAGAGCCAGCAGGCGCCAGACAAGAAGAGGUUGAGGUAGAGUGGGACUGGCCCCUACAUCCAGGGCAUGAGCAGGGGCCACCCAGGCAGACAGCACCCCCCACCUCAGGACCCAGGCCCUGCCCAUGCCCAACCCUGCCUCCCAGAGGAAGGGCCACGGCUUCAUCCAGACAAGCUCCCACACAGCUUCAGGGCGGGACACUAGAGUCUGCACAGCAAUCCUUUCUGCAGCUGGAGCAGGAGAACCACAGUCUGAAAAGGCAGAACCAGGACCUUCGGGAGCAGCUGGGGGCCCUCCUGGGGCCAGGGCAGCAGUUCCUGCCUCUAUGUUCUGAGCACUCAAGCUGUACAGCGCUGGCCUGGUCCCCCGAGUCAGCCAGGACACGGCUCCUGGAAGACAGGGCACCUGUGCAGCUGUUAAGGCAGCAGGAGCUCUGCCCAGGGAAAGAGUCUUUUGUGCGGCAGUCCCAGAGUGAGCUGCAACAGAUCCGAUUGUCCUUUGAGAGGAAGAAGAUGGCCAUUACUGAGGUGUGGGACGGUGUGGCCGAGGUACACAUGGCUCUGAACAACCAGGCCACCGGGCUCCUGAACCUCAAGAAGGACAUCCGAGGUGUACUAGAACAGAUGGAGGACAUUCAGCUGGAGAUUCUGGGGGAGAGGGCCCAGUGCCGCACUCAGGCCAGGAAGCAGCAGCAAAUGAUGGAGGCUGCUGGCCUUGAGGCUGCUGCUGGGUGCUCUGCUGGCCUGCACAGCGGCCUACGUGUACGUGGUGGACCCCACACCCUUCGAGGGGCUGGUGCCACCCCUGCUGAGCCGAGCCAACGUCUGGAAGCUCAGGGCCUUACUGGGUCCCUUCUUACGCCUGGAGGUGGACGACUUCCUGCCUUUCUAGAACAGAAGCCCAGUGGCCCCAGCAAGGAGGCCAGGUGGCUGGUGCUACCCCAGGGGCUCAGGGGCCUUACUGGUCCUUGCCUACAGCACUGUGGCACAUGGCCCCUACCAGAAGCUGCAGAGAAGGGUGGAGGAAGGGCUAGUCCUGAGGGCUGGGCCUGCAGCUGGAUAUACAGUCAUGACACACUUUGCAUGUAAGCUUGUUUCCAUGGAAACCGGGACUUUGUGGGCCAAAGGUUUGGGAACUUUGUGAAGCACCCUGGCAGUAGGGGUUUGCUUGGUGGUGCCCCUGCCUCAGAUCCCAGUGCUGGCUCCUAUGUUCUCCCAAGUGUAUUCCUCCACAAAGGCCUCCUGGAGUUUGAGGACAUGGCAGGUGGUCUUCCCUAGUUACAGCUGGGGAGUUAGGAGGUCCUCAUUGCUCUCCUGGACCAGACUCACCCAGGGACCACGGAAAUCAGAGCCCU